AUGCUUGGACCUGACGCGGCCAGAGAGAUUAAUAAAGUGCCUCUCUCGGAUAGCACAAUUGCCAGACGCAUUGAUGACAUAUCAGAGGACAUUGAAACUGUUGUUUUUGAAAAAAUGCACAUCAGUAGGAAAUUUGCCUUGCAACUUGAUGAGACGACGGAUCUUAGUGGAAAUUGUCAGCUGUUGGCCAACGUGCGUUUUGUUGAUGGAGAAGCCAUCAGAGAAAACUUUUUAUUUUGCAAGGCACUGCCAGAAAAGUCAACAGGAGAGGAAAUAUUCCGGGUCACUUCAGAAUAUCUUGACAAAGGCGGACUGGCCUGGGAAAACUGCACAGGUGUGUGUACUGACGGAGCCGCAGCCAUGGUCGGGCGCAGCAAAGGCUUCGUGAGUAGAGUCAAAGAAAUAAACCCAAAUGUUAUUGUAACACACUGUUUUUUGCACCGCGAGGCUCUGGUUGCAAAGACCUUGCCAGUAGAUCUUGGCACUGUGUUGGACGAUGUGGUGCGCUUAGUAAACUUUGUGAAGAUGCGGCCUCUGAAAUGUCGCCUAUUCGCGUCUUUGUGUGAGGAGAUGGGAGCGGAACACAAAGUGUUAUUGCUCCACACGGAGGUCCGCUGGCUGUCGCGCGGCAAAGUGCUGGCCUGCGUGUAUGAGCUGCGAGAGGAGCUCAAGGUUUUUCUGACACACGAGAGGUCUGAUUUCUCAAAGCUGAUUGAAAGUGAUGAGUGGUGGGCAAAGGUAGCAUACCUUGCUGAUAUAUUUCAUCAGCUGAAUGAGCUGAACACUCGUAUGCAGGGCCGCAAUGAAAACUUGCUCACCAGCACAGAUAAAAUGAAUGGAUUUCGUGUAAAAGUGCAGCUCUGGAAACAGCAUGUGAACUGUGGCAACCUUGAGAUGUUCCCCCUCACAGAAAAAUGUCAUCAUGGCAACACUGCGGCAAUGCGCAAGGUGAUUGGCACACAUUUAAAAACCCUUGAGGAGAAGCUGUCAUUUUAUUUCUCGGCAGACUCCACAGAAUGUCUGGACUGGGUUAGGGACCCGUACAGCUCUGCAUCCCUCCCGGGAAAGGACAUGACUUUACAGGAGCAAGAAGAACUCAUUACACUGAAACAAGAUCGUGGUUUAAAGCUCAGCUUUGCUGAUCUGCCGUUGGACAGAUUUUGGAUAUCUGUUGCCAAGGAGUUCCCCAUUCUGGCCAACAAAGCUAUUAUGAUAUUGCUUCAGUUUUCAACCACAUAUCUGUGUGAGCUGAGCUUCUCAAGCUUGAUUGCCAUAAAAACUAAAAACAGAGAGAGACUGAGAGCUUUGGAGCAAGAGCUUCGGGUGUGUCUGUCUACCAUUCCUGCCAGGUUAUCCAUUUUGUGUUCAUCCAAACAGGCCCAGGUUUCACACUGA